GGCGGGACGAGGAGGCGCGGGUGCUCGGACCAAGGAACGGUUUUACAAGAUUGUCCUGGGCCGGGAGAACGAUUGGUUGCGGGAGAUGAGCGGGUCUUUAGGCCGAGCGUCUGCAGCUCUGCUCCACUUGGGGCGCGGGGUCCUCCUGCGGGGCCCGGCACUGCGGACUUGGAGCUCGGGCCCUGGAGGGUCGGGCUCGGCCUCCAGGGAGCAUCUUGACGCUCUCGUGAAGAAGGACAAGGUGGUGGUGUUUUUGAAGGGGACUCCCCAGCAGCCCCAGUGCGGCUUCAGCAACGCCGUGGUGCAGAUCCUGCGGCUGCACGGCGUCGCCGACUACGCGGCCUACGACGUGCUGGAGGAUCCCGACCUCCGUCAAGGCAUUAAAGACUAUUCCAACUGGCCAACCAUACCUCAGGUGUACCUUAAUGGUGAAUUUGUUGGUGGUUGUGAUAUCCUCCUCCAGAUGCAUCAAAAUGGAGAUCUAGUGGAAGAACUGAAAAAGUUGGGAAUUCGAUCAGCACUUUUAGAUACAGAGACUGAUCAAGACUCAAAAUAAAAAGCCUGCAAGAAUCCUCUUUAAGAAGAGUGCUCUGUGACUGGAAGUAAAAUCUUUUUAGUGUCAAAGACUAGUUACCAGAACAGCCUUACUGGUUUUUGUUCUCACUUUUUUAGGAAGGCAGCUCUUUGUACUGACACUAAACAGUAUUGAAGUGAUUUUAGUUUCUGUCUGGUGUUUUAGGCUAAGGAUAUUCUGUUGUGAAUUUAAUUAUAACAACCGUACUGUAAUAAUUGAAUAUUAUGUUUUGAGACAGAUAUAAAAAAAUCAUUCUUUUAUUGUCUUAUACUCUUUGCUCAUUGCAAGAGUAAACCAAAAGAUUUUGAGUCAUCCUAGUCAAUUAUCAUCAUUAUUAUUGAUUUCUAAGUAUGUGUCACUCUAUAAAAUCCAAAGGAAACAUAUGUAGCCCUUUUAAGGAAAAUGAUGGACAAGGUAAACAAUGAUGACUGCUGGUUUUGUUUUGGUUUUUUUAUAAGAAAUAAAAGAAACUGCCAACCUAUGUAAAAGGUUCUUUUUGGUGAAGCUUUCACAUCUUUUUGUUUAUUGUGUAUUGUACUUUGAUGUUAAUAGUAAAAGUAAAUGGACCAUUUAUAAUGUCCACAUUGAAUGAAUUGUACUUCCUGAGUAGAAAUACCAGUUGAAAGUAUUACUGUUGCCCAUAACCUUUAAUAUUUUCAUUGAUUCAUAAAAAUACAGUUUUAAGGUUCACAAAACA